AUGUCUUCCCGUCUACCUCUCUUUACUCGCGGCUCCGCAGACUCGCAAUCUCAGGAGAACGAUCCCAACUCUCCCGCCGAACAGCGCGACGAUGCCAAGCGAAACUUCCUGAAGACCAUGCGAGCGCUACCCACUCAGCAUUAUUGGAACGUCUACUUUGACCGACAGGCCAAGGAAGGGGAAAGCGGCGAUCAGUAUCACUCUGGGCUGGAGCAGCUGGGCACCCAGAUCGAGUCGGUGCAGGACUUUUGGCGAUAUGCCAAUAACACUCCUGUCGGAAAUAUUGGUGUUCGCGAGUCUUUGUAUCUUUUCAAAUCAGGCUUCCGCCCUGUCUGGGAGGAUCGACGUAAUAUUCUUGGUGGAAGCUGGACAUUCCGCUUCCCUAAGAGCAUAGGUCCUGAUGUGUGGACUCGUGUUCAGCUCCUUGCUAUUGGCGAGAAACUCCAAAGUGUUCUCGACGACGACGACCAGCUUUGUGGUGUUGGUCUCUCUGUCCGCUUCAACUCCCACCUCAUCACCGUAUGGCACCGCGACGCCUCCAAGAAGAACUCGAUCGACAACAUCGUCAAGUGCAUCAUGGAAGAGCUCCCUCCCGAGAUGCACCCCAAGCCUGACGCAUACUACUACAAGCGCCACUCAGACCACACUGGCUUCAAUCCUCCCCCGGAGCUCAAGGUCGUGCUCGAUUCCCGUCAACAGGAAGAGGAGAAGCUCGCUGCUGCGGCCAAGGGUGGUGACGCCAAGCCAGCGGUGACGGUUGAGUCUCCGCAAUGA